GUCCAGCAGCGGGAAAGGAGCUGGACGUCCUACCUCUUAAUAUCACAAUAGCGUUGCCCACGAAGCUUUGACAAGAUGGCCGCUGCGCCAGUUGACCCAGUGACAGAGCCAAGAAUGUACCAGCAGAGUCUUCUUCAGGGAGGCCUCUGUGAACUUCUGGAGGGUGACAAGUUUGUGGACUGCGUGUUGAAAAUCAAAGACCUGGAGUUUCCUUGCCACAGGUUGGUGCUCGCCGCCAGCAGCCCGUACUUCAAAGCCAUGUUCCUGUCAGACAUGGAGGAGAGCAAAAAACGAGAAGUCGUCUUGAAAGAUGUCGAACCAGGAAUCAUGGGGUUGAUCUUAAAAUACAUUUAUACCUGUGAAAUCGACCUAACAGAGCAGAACGUCCAGGAUAUCUUCAUGGCGGCCAACAUGUACCAGAUCCCGUCCAUCUUUAGCGUGUGCAUGUCCUACCUGGAGCAGAAGAUGAUGCUGAACAAUUGUCUUGCCAUCUUUAGGCUUGGAUUACUUCUGGAGUGCCCAAAGUUGGCAGCAAAGGCCAGGGAUUACAUCUGCGACCGCUUCGAACAAAUCAGCCGUGACCAGGACUUUAACCAGCUCGGUUCUGGUGAGCUGGCUGCCAUUAUCACGUGUGACACUCUCAACGUGGAAAAUGAGGAGAAGGUCUUCGAGGCUCUGAUGGACUGGGUUCAGUAUGAGCCACAGGAAAGACUACAGGAUCUGCCCAAACUUCUGCACUGUGUCCGGUUUCGACUGAUCCCACCUGCUUAUUUUAAGGAAAAAGUGGAAGGACACAGGUUAAUCAAACCCAACCAGGAGAUAAAGAAAGAGCUGCAGCUUGUUAAGGAUGCCCAAAAAGGACUUUUUCCUGAAGUCAAAGGGUCACCUGACAAGAGGGCAGGAUCAUCUGAAGGUGAGGAGAGUGAAGAUGAGGAGGACCAGCUCCCUGGUAUCUUGAACGAUAACCCACGAUUUGGGAUGUUCGUAACGGAUCUCAUAGUGAUGAUUAGCGACACAGGGACGGUAGCCUACGACCCUGCUGGAAACGAAUGCUACUUAGCAUCUUCAUCAACUGAGAUCCCAAAAACUCAUUGCAGUUUAGUGACCAAACAGAAUCAGAUCUUUGUAGCUGGAGGACUUUUAUAUAACGAGCAAAACACAGAGGAACCUUUCAGCUCCUAUUUUCUACAGUUUGACCCCACGAGCGGAGAAUGGCUCGGGAUGCCCUCCCUGCCGACCCCCCGCUGUCUGUUCGGACUCUCUGAGGCAGAGAACUCCGUCUACGUGGUGGGUGGAAAAGAGCUGAAGGAGGGAGAGCACGCACUAGACUCAGUCAUGAUUUACGACAGACAAUCAUUUAAAUGGGGAGAAUCUGAUUCUCUUCCAUACUCAGUCUAUGGACAUGGGACGGUCUCACAUAAAGGACUCAUCUAUGUACUGGGUGGAAAAACCGAGAGCAAGAUGUGCUUGAGGAGAGUGUGUGUCUACGACCCCAAGAAGUUCGAGUGGAGGGAUCUGGCACCUAUGAAAACGGCCCGUUCCCUGUUUGGUGUCGCUGUCCACAAGAACAAAAUCUAUGUGCUAACAGGAGUCACUGAUGAUGGCCUGACCAGCAAAGCAGAAGUAUAUGACAUCGCAACCAACACUUGGUCGGAGUUCGUCGAGUUUCCUCAGAAGAGAAGUUCUCUAAACCUGAUCGAGCUGGGCGGCUGUCUCUACGCUAUUGGAGGCUUCGCCAUGAUGCCCAAUGAAACCACGGAGAAGCUGGAACCAACUGAGAUGACCGAUAUCUGGAAGUUUGAUGAGGAGGAGAACUGCUGGUCUGGGAUGCUGCGGGAGAUUCAGUACGCUUCAGGCGCUACAGUGUUAGGAGUGCGUCUGAAUGUUUUACGCCUCACCAAGAUGUGAUCGCACCAUACAACACACUAUAUAUACUACACCUAGUGCACAUGAAUUACAGUGUGAGGAGCACUGAAACCAAUAUAGAUUUCCACAGUUGAGUAUGAUCUAUGUGUAUGUUUUGUAAAAAAAGAACUGUCAGUGGAAGACGUGUGAGUGAAAAGCUGGACUGCAGAUGGAAACAAAGACUGGACCAGUAAUGUGUUGAUGUGACAAAAUGGACUGUAAUGCAGUAUGUCGUGAUUUAUGUGUCUGUACUUUGUGUGUGUGUAUUUAGAUGAAUUACAUUUGUUUCAGUUUUGUUAGAUUGGAAUUUAUGAUUUGUGUCACACAUUCACAUUCAUGUACCUUCAUCACAUAAAUCUGAUUUACAGAGUGGCUGAAAACACUAAAAUCACCAUGUUUAUCAUAAAACACUAUACGACAUCUGUUGUUCUUUUUUCAGUGUGCUUUUAAUUACACAGCAAAUGUCAGUGAACAAAUUAAUAAAAAUGUGGACUCACCCAAUCCAAUCCAGAUCAAUUAGGGCCAAGGGUGUCACAUGCCCCCAUCCGACAGACACAGUUGUUUAACUUCUUCGAGUCAAAUACAAAAUAAAAGCCAGAACUAUUUAUAGGAACAUUCUUAUUAAACGUAUUUUACCACUUUGUUUACUCCUUAUGUAUGU